GGCCUGGGCCCGGCGGAGUCCGGCGGAGCCCAGCGGCUCCUGGAGGCUUCGGCGAGCCGCUGGGGGCUGCUCGGGGACCCCGGGGGAGGCGCGCUCCGGAGUGCACCGCUGGGCGCUGGAGGUAGAGGCGCGCGAAGGGGGCACAGGGACGUGGGAGGAACCGGACCCUCUGGGAAGACCGCAGCCCUGGACGCGUAGGUCCGGGAGGCGGUGGGGCGGGAGUCCCAGGACUCGCUGGGCCCCCCGGGGCAGGGCGGGGCCUCCGCGGCUCCUCCCCCUGUGGGCGGGCCCGCCCCCUCCUCCCCGCGGGCUGGGUCCUGCUCCCGGGUGGGGACCCAGCGCCGCGCUCCCCCCAGAGUGCCAUGGCCUCCCGGCUCCUGCACCGGCUGCGGCACGCCCUGGCCAGCGACGGCCCCCGGGAGGCGGCGGCCGGGCCCGAGGCGGAGCAGUUCCCGGAGAGCUCGGAGCUAGAGGAUGACGACGCCGAGGGCCUGUCCUCCCGCCUCAGCGGCACCCUCAGCUUCACCAGCGCCGAGGACGACGAGGACGAGGACGACGAGGAGGCUGGCCCUGACCCGCUGGCCCCCGGGGAUGGGGCGUCGGGAGAAGACGCAGAACCAGGCCCCCCGCCGGACGGUCCUCGGGGCAGUCAGCUCCUGGCCCGGCAGCUACAGGAUUUCUGGAAGAAGUCCCGUAACACCCUAGUACCCCAGCGGCUGCUUUUCGAGGUGACUAGUGCCAACGUUGUCAAGGAUCCACCCUCCAAGUACGUGGGUCGUUGUGAGUCGGGACGAACUCCACGGCACCUAACAACACUGAGAAUCAUCAAGAGAACAGAGUAGGCAAACCUAAGUGACCAGGAGUGGCUAUAACACCGGCAAAUCUGCAGAACACUGGAGAGAAAAAGGUGGUCUCCUGGUAGUAUGGAGUCCCUGGGUGGCAUAAACGGUCAAGCGCUGGCCUACUAACCAGAAGGUUGGUGGUUUGAAUGUACCCAGAAGCACCUCAGAAGGAAGGCCUGGCAAUCUACUUCCAAAAGAUCACAGCCAUAGAAGACCCUACGGAGCUCAGUUCUACUCUGACACACGUGGGGUUGCCAUGAGUCGGAACUGACUCGAUGACAACUGGUAUUUCUUGGUUUGGUGUCAGUAUACCUUUAAAACCUAGCACUUGCUAAUCCCUUUUUUAAACCUGUUGGCUCAGCAUUACUGUCAUUAAUCCACACUCAGGUUCUCAGAACUGGGGGGAAGCUCAGCGGUCAUCAUGCUCAGUGUUUCCCAAAGCCUCUGUCAUUCCAGUACCGACUUCCCAGUUCUUGUCCUGUCUGAAUAUCACUUGUACCACUAUUGGCUUCAUAUUUUCUUUAAAUGAACCUGCUUUUUUUCAUUUUCCUUAAAUAAGUUUAUUUUAAAAGACCAUUUUACAACAGCACUGUAUGUGUGGAAAACCUCACUUGCCAUAAAUAGAAGGUAGACAUCAAAAUAAAGGCAGAGAAAAUGAAGCUGCGUCAGCCUAGAUGCUGCUGUUGCCGGAAGGGGGCCCUGACCUGCGAUUAGCUUUCGGGCUCUUUUCUAAAACUGGAGAUGAGAAAUGUUGGGGGAGUGCUUAAAAAAAAAAAAAAAGUGCCAAGCUGAGAGCUUCUCAAUUUAUAGUCACAGAGAUUAAGAGAGGACUAAAGGGGAACCACCUCCUAUCUGUGAUUCAUCAUUAUUUACCCUGGUACAUAAAAACGAAUUACUUCACUUGUACACGUUAAGUCAACACCGACCUGGUCCAACGCUUCUGGUCCCAGAAGGGGACUGUUUUGCCUGCAGUCACAUGGUGAGGUAGAAGCCGACCUGGGGUUUGGAACACCUUCAGUGUCCUUGGCACAGCGUUCCGGCUGUCUGAAGACUUGUCCUCUGGGCCUGGUUUGGAAUAACCUGGCCUGGGUAGAGGCUGUGUCUGGAGAGGAACAAAAUCCAGGAUGGUCCUAAAGGUUGGCUCGGAGGCCUGGAACCUGGGUUUCUGAGCAGCUGUUGGAACAGCCAGCAGGGCUAUGGGGAAGGGGUGUUCCCUAGAAGGAGCAAAAAGGGCCAAGUAGCCCCAGUCCCUGAAGCUCAUCUCUGUCUUUCUCUCUCCGUGCUGACAUGGGCCUGGGUCAUUUCAGACGAG